AAAGUCGUCGACACGGAAACCGCCGGCAAGGUGGACCACUGUAAGAAAAUGACGCCGACGGUGCUGGUGCACGGCAGGGCGGGAGGGGGGACACACUUGCCUGUCAGCGACAUCGUUCAGAAAGAAACCAUUUCUCCCGGGAACGGCUGCCCCAUCUACAGGCCUGAAAUUAUCAGCACGGCGCCCUCCUCCUGGAUUGUUCCUGGUCCCCCGGGGGCGGUCGCCGGCGGCGUUUCGGGGACAGUAGCGGCGGGGGGGAGGCCGGCAUCGGCAUCGCCGGCUCCCAACGCCAACGUGGAUUGCGCCAAGACGGCCAGGAGCUCUGCGGAGAGCUCCGCCUCGGUCAUACAGCACGUCGGGCAGCCUGUCGCCACCCCCGUGAAACAUAGCAAUAAGGUGGCCAAAUCCUGUGGCCAGGAAGCCAACUUCAAGGCGAACGAGACCGCCCUGGCCUCCAGCCCCAUCUUCCUGCCGCCCAACGAAGCGUUUCGCUCCCCGCCUCUGCCCUACCCCAGGAGUUACCUCCCGUACCCAGUGCCGGAGGGGAUAGCCAUCAGCCCUCUCUCCCUCCACGGGAAAGGACACGUGUAUCCGCACCCCGUCUUGCUGCCCAACGGCAGCCUCUACCCUGGCCACCUGGCUCCCAAGCCUGGCCUCCCUUACAGCCUGCCGGCGGGGCGGGGGGAGUUCAUGACCUACCAGGAUGCGCUGGGGAUGGGGAUGGUGCACCCCAUGUUGCUGCAGCAUUCGGCUUUGGAGAUCAAUAAGGAGGAGAAGGCGGAGAGGAGGUCGCGGUCUCACGAGAGGGUCCGCUACGAGGACCCGGCUCUGCGGGGCCGGUUGCCAGAGGUCCUGGAGACUGGCGGCAAGAUGCAUUUCGAAGUACCCAGCGACAAGAGCAUGAAAUUGCACCAGAGCUCCGGCCACGGUAAAAACUCGGCCAAAAGCGACAAACACCUCUUCACGGAUCUUCUGCGAGACGAGCAAGAGGCUAAAAGCGAAGCCAACGUAACGAAAGCCAGCUUUGCUGUGGAGAGCAGUAAUCAGGCUAAUGACCCUACGAAGCACAAGGUAGAGCAGGCGUCGCAGCACAGAGAUUUUAUUGUAAUGAGAGAGGAGUUCGGAAGAAAUAACGAUCUUCACGAAACCUAUAAUUUCAAGCAAGCCCAGAGUUCAUCGGUGUUCGGCUUAAGGAAAGACGAUUUAUCUGUGAGCCAGCCUAAAGAGAGAGUGACGGUCCAGCCUUCGCCCGCUUUCUUGGAAAGCACCCACGAGAGCGAUGCUCCGGCUCUGGCUUUCGGCAAGGUGCAGGAGGACGCGAAGCCAUUCUGCAUGGGGACCGCGCCACCCAGCAUCGACGUCAGCCAGCCUUAUACCAAAGACGGAGCCGACGACGUGGAAUCUGCCGAUGGCAAAAUACUGAAACCCAAGCCGUCGAAGUUAGCCAAGAGGAUCGCAAACUCCGCUGGUUACGUAGGUGAUCGAUUCAAGUGUCUGACGACCGAACUGUACGCGGACUCCAGCCAGCUCAGCCGGGAGCAGCGGGCCUUGCAGAUGGAAGGAUUACAAGAGGACAGUAUUUUAUGUCUACCUGCUGCUUACUGUGAGCGUGCAAUGAUGCGCUUCUCAGAGUUGGAGAUGAAAGAGAGAGAAGGCCAAACAGCUACCAAAGACUCAGAGGUCUGCAGAUUCAGCCAGGCAGACUGGGAAAACUUGAAAGGAAACAGUGAAAAGAAGCCAAAGUCUGUCGCUCUGGAAGAUGCCAUUGCUGACCAAAAUGACAAUGACAGAUGUAACUUUACUACUACAGAAAGCAACCAAGGUCACUUUCUUGAAACUCCAGAGGAAAAAGAGCUCUCAAAUGAGAAAUGUUAUUUAGAGAGACAUUCUAUAUAUGAAAAAGCGGAAGACCAGCCAACAGAAGAUAUUGGCCAACAUCCAUGUCCACGUCUGGACAGGAAGCGUAAGCACUCUGGUGAGAGAGUGCAAAACGAUGGCAGCCAAAAUGAAAACCUUGUGGAUGAACUGCAGGAUGAACUUAUGUCAAAAGCAAAAAAGAAGAAGAACUCCAAAGAUGACUGGCCUGAGAGGGAAAUGACAAACAAUUCCUCUAACCACUUAGAAGAGCCCAAUUGUAAUGAGGUGACCAACCUGAAGGUGUGCAUUGAAUUAACAGGGCUCCAUCCCAAAAAGCAGCGUCACCUGCAGCAUCUUAGGGAACUAUGGGAGCAGCAGGUGUCACCAGAGAGAUCCCCGUCCGGCAAGUUGGGCCGGCAAAGCAGGAAAGAUUUAGCUGAGGCUGUUCAGCCAGAGGCCACUGCAAAGGUCAAAGACUUCACAGAAGAAAGGCACACCAAGAAAAGGUCAGAGGCCAAAAGCAAUAGAAGUUGGUCUGAAGAGUCCCUCAAAACAAGUGACAAUGAACAAGGCUUGCCCGUAUUCCCAGUGUCUCCGCACAUGAAGAGCCUUUCAUCCACCAAUGCAAACAGCAAAAGGCAGGCUCAGCCAAGCUGUACUCCAGCCUCGAGGUUGGCUGCCAAACAGCAGAAAAUUAAAGAAAGCCGGAAGACAGAUGGGCUGUACACAGACGAAGAGGAGGAUUUCCAACACGCAUCUCUGCUGCAGAAAUACAGCGAGUGUGAGAAGCCAUCAGGGAAACGUCAGUGUAAAACAAAACACUUGGCACUGCAGGAGAGGAGAAGGAGGUCAUCUCUGACAGGGGAUGACACCACAGAUAUCGAAAAUGCUGAAGAUAAGGUCACGGCAACGAGGAAAGUCAAGAAGCGACCAGAGCCUACUUCAGACUGCGACUCCUCGCCGGCUAAGUCGUAUGAGCAGAAGCUGUACGAUCGCCUGCAGCAGACUCCCUCGUUGCUGCCUGUCUCUCAGCCUUCGCAGCUGCCCAUUGCAAGCCCCCCUCAGGAGACCACCCCGAGCCGGCCCAUGCCGCCCGAAGCCCGGAGGCUGAUCGUCAAUAAGAAUGCGGGGGAGACGCUGCUGCAGCGGGCGGCACGCCUGGGGUACGAGGAAGUGGUUCUAUAUUGUUUGGAAAACAAGGUGUGUGACGUGAAUCAUCGUGACAACGCGGGUUACUGUGCCCUGCACGAGGCCUGUGCCAAGGGCUGGCUGAGCAUCGUGCGGCAUCUCCUCGAGUACGGGGCUGACGUCAACUGCAGCGCUCAGGAUGGAACCAGACCGAUCCAUGACGCGGUCGAAAACGAUUACUUGGAAAUUGUCCGCCUGUUACUGUCUUACGGUGCUGAUCCAACUCUUGCGACCUACUCGGGGAGGACCAUCGUGAAAAUGACCCACAGUGAGCUCAUGGAGACCUUCCUCACAGAGUAUUUAACUGACCUGCAAGGUCGAAGUGUUGAUGACCCUGGUUUGUACUGGGAUUUCUAUGGCAGCUCUGUGUGCGAUCCAAAAGAUGAAUCUGGAUUUGACAUCUUGGCAAAUCCUCCUGGCCCAGGUGAUGAAGAUGAAGAUGGCUUUAGCGAUGUGUUUGAAUUCGAAUUUUCGGAUGAGCCUCCCUUGCCGUGUUACAACAUUCAAGUGUGUCUCUCUCAGGGACCACGGAACUGGCUUUUGCUCUCGGACGUGGUGAAGAGGCUAAAAAUGUCAUCUCGCAUCUUCCGCUGCAACUUCCCCAAUCUGGAAGUUGUCACCAUCACGGAGGCAGAGUUUUACAAACAGACUUCCCUCAGCCAGUUGUUCUCUUGCGCUACGGACCUUGAAGCUUUUAACCCAGAGAGCAAAGAGCUGUUGGACUUGGUAGAGUUCACAAGCGAACUCAAGACUUUGCUCGGCUCCUCGCUUCACUGGUUGCAUCCGCACGAGGACCCUCCCUUCGACAUCCUCUGGUGAACCAUCAGGCCAUUUAAUGUACAGUGCUCUAUACAGUUACUUCUUUAUGUAUAUGUGUUCAAAUGCAAUUGUUUCUGUAAAGAAAGGACACUAUUAAAUAUGAAAAUAUCUUUCCUUUAUAUAAGAGAUCUGAAUUCCAGUUGGAUGGAUUUUGGAAGAAUUUUUUUUAACUUCAAUCAGUUUUUACAAAAUUGUUAUAUAAUGUUUCUUUAAAUGCACACAGGCUUUGGGAUAAGUUUGUUAUUACUCGGAACACAUUUGGUUUUUUUUUUUAAAGAACACACCCACACAUUGACUUUGUUUCAUACAAAGCACUGAUUACACAGGACAUACUUUUUCUAGGUGAUGUGAUCAAAGUCGUGUGGCUUGUUUGGGAGAUAGAAUUCGGUAAGGCACUUGGUGAUAUUAUUUUUGUUUUUUUGUUUACAGAAUUACCUGCUUUGGCCAGGUAAGCACUAUUGAAUAUAAUUCAAUAGUUUGUAAUAUAAAUUAAACCAUAUCCAUACGCAUCAAGUAAUUGUAAGAACUUUUAUAUCCUAAUUUAAAAGCUGUGAAAUUUAGUUUUCACACAUCAAACCGGAUUGUUUAUAUAUGUUUAAACAUUUUAUGCUCUUUAUUUAAAGAAGACUUUGAACUAUUUUUUCUGUACCUUGUAAAAUAUUGAAAAACUAACAUAUGUUGAAGUUGCUUGAAACUGUACAUAAACUAAAUUUUCUGAAUUGUGUGUUUAUGUUUGAGAUCUGUGUUUUAACUUUGUAAGUAAAUCUCCUGCCUUUGUAUUUAUAUUUUACAAAAAUUUUCUUAAAGGCAAUAAAACUGUUGAGAAAUGAAGA